UUUUAAUUAUAUCUGUAAACUUAAAAACUUUAAAACAAUAGCUACAAUGCGAAAUUUAACUUGCACUGUAACUAAGAAGACAAUGUAAUUAAGAAAAGUUGCUUUCAUACCGAUUAAAAAGGAAACUCAACCUUAUUUUGUGAGUUUUCGUGAUAGUCAUUUUAUAAAUAAAUAGAAACUUUGAUACAGAAACGAAAGUUUAUGUUAUUAUUUAUACUGUAAUAAAAAUAUAGGAAGUUUGUUUAUAACAUUGUGUAGCAUAAUUCAAUAAUAUCUCAUAAUGGCAUAUUAAUGGUAUAGUAAUGGCAUAUUAAUAGAAUUUUAUGAGAAAUAAUUGUAUAUAUUAAUAUUUAAAUCAUAGAUAUAUAUAUUUAUAUUACCAUUAUAUUAAUAUUAAAAAAAGCAUUCAAUUAAGUUCGAAAUGUUAUUGACAUAUUGCAUUACAUAUAUUUACUUAGAAUUAAUUUUUAAUAUGCAGUUAUUAAUUUAAUAACUGCAAUAUGCAGUUAUUAAUUUAGAAUUAAUAACUGCAUAUUGAUAUAUGACAACCAAGACAAUUGUGACAAAUAUUUUACUGAUCAACUCAAAUAUAACUUGCGAGUGCACUAUUAUGAAACGCGUUAAAAUGCAUUUUCGCGACAUGUGACGCACCUACGUAGUCUAUCAAGAAGGGAUUGUCAUGAGUUUUUUUUCUAUGGGAAAUAAACAUGUGUUGAAUUUCUGUUCGUUCAAUCGAUCGCUUAAUGAUAUAUGCAUGCCUUCCCCAGAAUAAUGUAAUGUUUCAUAUUACAAUAGUAUGUGUUCGCACUUUUUAUUACAUUUAUCUUAAAUUGGUCAAUUUGCGGUAGAAUUUCAACUUAUCAAAAAUAAAAGAAGAAAUACAUAAAUGAGAGAACAAAAGAAAUAAUCUGACUAUCAAAAGUGUCUCGAUGCUCGUGGGGAGAUGAUCUGUAUCGAGUCUUUACAAAUACGUCUCAAUCGAAUUUUGUUACUUUUAGUUGGCCUAUGGCCUUAUCAGCAAUCCAGACUCGUUCGAGUCCAAUUAGUAGUACUUUUUACUAUUUUGACAACUUUUAUUCUAUUUCAGUUUGCAACAUUUGCGACUUCGAAAUGUACUUCGGAUCUUUCAAUAAACAUUCUCUCUUCAACAUUAUUUUGCGCUAUUUUUGUGAUUAAAUACAGUUCAUUUCGUAUUAACAUUGACAUUGUAAAAUCUUUGUUGGAGCAACUGCAGCAUAUGUAUAAUGAACUAAUGGAUAAAAAUGAAAUUAUUAUAAUAGAGAAAUACGGUAGAUACGCGAAGCGUUACACAGCUAUAUUUACAUUACUUGCUAUAUUUAUUGCAUUUGGUUUAAUAUUGUAUCCAUUUUCGCCGCGUAUUCUCGACAUCUUGUGGCCCGUAAAUGAGUCUCGACAACGUCCUUCGUUGUUGUUUAUGACCGAAUACUUCGUUGAUCAAGAAAGAUACUUCUACUUAAUUUUCUUACACGCAAAUGUAGCUAUUUGCAUAGGAGGAUUUGUAAUGUUAGCGACAGGAACAAUACUCAUUACAUAUUUUCAACAUGCCUGCGGAAUGUUUCGCAUUGCCAGUUAUCGUAUUGAGCAAGCAAUGACAAUCGGUACUCUGGAUAAGGGCUGCCUCGGAAACGACAAUUUGAUCUACAAAGGACUGAUUUAUGCUGUGGAUAUGCAUCGAAAGGCUAUGAAAUUUUCAGAUUCAUCGGUAUCCAAAUUUAAGGUAAUGAUUUCUCUUUUAUUAAUAUUUGGUGUCAUUUGCUGGAGUCUUAAUCUUUUUCGAAUUUUUCAGGUGAUGUCAUUUAAACAAAACUUUAUGGAAAUAUCAUUACCUAUAAUAUUUGUAAUCGUCCAUUUUACAUAUAUGAUCCUAGGCAAUUAUCUGGCGCAAGAAAUUACGGAUCAUAAUAACGACGUGUUUACCACUGUGUAUAAUGUACAGUGGUAUCUAGCUCCUUUACACGUACAGAAAAUGAUUCUAUUCCUAUUGCAAAGAAGUACAAGAACUUUUACUCUGAAUGUCGGUGGAUUAUUCAUAGGAUCAUUGGAAGGUGCUGCUACCGUAAGAGAUAUCUCUAUAAUAAUAUGCAAAACGCAUUUUGGAUCAAAAAACAAAACAGGAUACGUUUUAUUACAGUUAUUAAGUACUUCAAUAUCAUACUUCACCGUUCUAUACUCUACACAAUAAUGCAAGAUACAUUAACUAAUAGUAUAUCACAAUAAUCAUAGCGACAAAUUAGAUACCAAAUAAUGACUUCAAGACGAAAACUUUAUCAAAAGAUUGAUUACAAAAUUAUACGAAAUGUGAAAUCUAAAAACAACACACACACAUAAAAAUUAAUCAUGUUCACUGCAAUAUAUAGUGUUUACUGCAAUACUACAUGUGUAUUUUUAAUAAUUUAAGAAUUCAUAUGAUGAUAUAUAUAAAUCUGAACAAUAUUGUUCUGAUCCUACUUCACUGAUCACACGCAUUAAAAUAAAGCAUGGCAUAUAUGCCACCAUAUACAUA